AUGGUCCGUUUUGGAUACAAGAAAUACCUCCUCAAGCAAGCCCAGCCCGGCCCCUGGGAGUACCACAGCGAGGUUCUGACCAGCCAAUCCCCGCAAGAGAUCUGCGCUAACCUCAUCCGGGCGAGACUCCUGGAACACCUGCCCCACGAAGUGCCCUACCUGGUGACACAGAAAACAGUCCUCUGGGAGGAGGGUCCCGCUGGGGAGCUCCAGAUUGUGCAGAAUUUGGAGGUCCCGAAGGAGAGAUACGUG